AUGGAAAAUGGUAGAAAGAGCAGCAGUGCAUCAAGUGAUUCAAGUGAAGAGGAUGAUUCUGAUGAUGACAAAUACGUCAAAGCAGAAGGCUGCCGAACUCGUUCAACGAAAGAAAGUUCGGAUGAGAGCAAUGAUGAAAGCAAAAGCGAAUCCGACGAUGAAGACAUGGAAGUUGAAAAUACCAAAGAUGCUGAAACAACCAGUGAGCAGUCGGAAAACGAAGAAGAUGAUGAAGAUGAAGACGAGAGCAGUGAUGAGCACGAUGAUGAUUAUGAAGAUGAAGAUGAUAGCGGUGAUGAGCACGAUGAUGAUGAUCGACCGAUGGACCCGAUGGCAACCGCGCUUGCCGUGGCCGAAGGUGCCGAAGUACCAUCCGAACGGUUUCGAAUAAUACAAGAGGCAGCGGACGAGUUGGAUGUUGAUUUGGAAAGACUUCAUGUGAAGUAUAUUCUUUGCGCCCAAGCUGCGCAUCACAGCGGUUUCAUCGAGCCUGAUUAUUUCGGCAACUUACCUGAACUUCUCUCGACUGACAAUGUAAUCAUUAGAAAAUGUAUCAUGUGGGCAUUUGCAUCGAUCUUGCCCUGUAAAAAUGUGCUCAGUCCACUAUUGAUCCGAUUGCUUUACAAAUCGUUAAAAGAUGAAACACUCGGCUGGAGCAUUUCUUAUCUGUUUCGGAAAAUGUCCGAAUACGACAAGUAUAUUCCGAUGGUCACAUGUGCCAUGUGGAUUUCAAUGUCCAAUCUGCUGUUCGAUGGAACAUUGAGCGAACAAGUCCGAACAACCAUCGUUUAUACGUUGAACAACGUUUACAAAGUUCGAAAAUGGGUUUCACCAGUGAUCAAACUGAGGUUUGAACAAUUAGUCCGAAUCGAUGGCAUCGGAACACGAGUUCUUGUUGCAACCGUUCAUGCGUUACAUUCGAUGACCAUCGGCGGUGCCAAUCUGGAAAAAGAAACCGUUUCACGCUUGAGAAAUUUGGCGACCACUGGCGAUGGCACAUCGACGGAAGCAAUUCAUGAAUUACUCGAUUUCCUCGAUAACAAACGAAUCUUAUCGAAUGCAGCGGGUUCACUCUCAGGUUCCAGUGUGAAAAAAGAACUCACCGCAACACAAAACACAUCGGUCUCACGGUCAGAAGAGGAAUCCGUUGAACCAACUGUAAAAUUACACAGUAUGGAUCAUUUACUCAACACUGUUGGUCAUCUCGGUCGCUCAUUCAAUUCGGAAUCGCAGCCAACUGACGUUCGUGUAGGUCACAACCAGGCGUGGUAUCGAACCACGUGGGCCGAAGUGAUCAAUCUCGUCACGUUAGCUAAACAAGGCAAUCUGAAAGAUCAAGAUUUCGAUUAUUUGGAAGGCAAGUUCCGUGAUGGUAUUCAUUGGUCCACAACACCAUGGCGCAGCCGAGAAGAAAUCUUUGAGAUGAUUGCUGGUGCGUUUCGAGAUGCUGCAGAGAUCAAACAAGCCAUGCCGCAAAAGGUCCUGAAUACGAUGAUCGAUCGUUUAUCAGGUACCAACGACACGGUCCAUCGUCGAUGUGCCGAAGGACUUCUGUUCGUCGUAAAAAAUCAACAAUCAUUGAGCGAAAAACAGAUGGAAGGAAUCGAAAACAAAUUGAAACAUGCCGAUGGCACCGUGGUGAAACAACAUCUGAUCGAACUGUACGCGUUGUACGUCUCCAAAGGUCAUCAUUUAAAACUCGAUUUAGAUUCCAUCGAAAAAGAUUUACUGAAUGAAGAAACAUGUGAAACAGCAAGUUAUCUCUUUUUCAAAGCGGCAGCAUUGGAAAAAAGAACGUUCUCGAACAAGAUUAUGAAAACACUCAGUCAAGUGGCCGAAUCCAAGCAAUACGAUGCCAAAGCACGCGACAACUGUCUGUGGGCACUAGCGUACAGUAUUAAAGAAACCACCGACAAGAAGUCGAUACCCGUUGUUGUGAUCGAGGCACUCGGUGAUUUGCUCAUCGAUCCGGAGAAGAACGUCAAACAAACCGCGGCUGUUGCUCUGUGUUACUAUGCCAGUGAUGAGAAAACAGUCUUGUCCACGGAGAUCUUGGAACGAUUGGCCGAGAUGUUGAACGAAACGGAUUAUGGGUUAUUGAGCAAUAUUUUAUCUGUUUAUCUCCGAAUGAGCAAACAAGGAGAAGAGGUGCCUAGUGUUGCUUUGAAGAAACUUUGUCCUCUUCUUUAUCACGAAGAUUUUUUCAUCCGCGAAAAAGCCAUUUGGAUUUUAAAAUAUGUGGUGAAGAAUCGACAAGCGGUGAAAUUGAAGAUCAUCGAUCGAGUCGAUGGAUGUUUAAAUGAUUCGGAAUUCGGCAUUCGAAAUCCAGCAGCGAUGAUUUUCGUCAGCUAUUGGACUGAACAAAUCAAUCAGAAUGAUCGGAAACUUCUUCGAAUUCUGUCUGUUCGAAUGGAAACGUUCAUGUCGACCAUCUUUCGUCACGCUUUCAGUUUAAAUGUUCAACUGUCGGGUCUCGAUCUUCUUCGAUCGUUGGUCGAGAAAGACUUUGUCUUGUCCGAAACAUUUCUCCAUCUGAUCGAAUGUUGUCUCUAUGAUCGAGAAGAAUCUAUCUCAGCAAAGUCCAUCGGCAUUCUUCAAAUCUAUUCGAAAGAACAUCGAUUACCACAAACAACGCUCGUCUGUUUAGAACAUCUGUUGACGACGGAAACACCGAUUCUUUCCGAAGUGAUUUCGAUUCUCAAGUCGAUCGUUGCCAAUGGUCAUCGUCUGUCGAAAAAUGCGAUUAAUAUCCUCGCUCAGUUAUUAUUCAAAAGUGCCAACCCGAAAGAAAUCACCGUACUGCUGACGCAUGCCGAUCGAAAUCAACCGUUGCCGAAGAGUAUCGAUGAACUUCUGCGACAAAUUUAUUACGGUCAAGUACUUCGACAUUCCACAUGUGCAGCGAGUUUAAACAAAGCGACGAAAGAACUUCUUCAUUCCACCAGUCAAGGCAAACCUUUGUCCGCCUCUGUGCUCGAUCUGAUUGUUGGUGAAUUGAAUUGCGACGAGCGAAGAGCCUCAUUGAUGCCGAUUCUGGUCAAUGUGAUUUCGAAUGGACAAUCGUUAAACAAAGAUGAGCAUCGAUCGAUCUUGCAAAACAUCUUUUUUCAAAUGAUCGAUCAACCAUCGAUUGAUCUGAUCGAAAUCUUCACUCAUCUUACGCGUCAAAAUCAAAUCAUUUCCGAGAAAGUCAUUGAUCGAUUAAAAGAAUAUUUAACCAAUCCAUCGAUCAAUCAUUUUGUCAUCGAAAUCUAUCAGCACCUGAUCGAACGACAAAAACCAUUGGAUCCUUCGAUCAUUCGAAAUAUUUUAAAGUUCUUCACUCCACAACAAUGGAAACAGCUCACUGAGGAUUUACAACAUCGAUUGGCUUUGUUUUACAAAGCCGUAGCUGACAAUCGACCGAAAGAAGCCGAUCAAAACUAUCUCCCGUUUCUUCUCGAACCUAAUCAAUCGAUUCGCGUGCGAAAAGAGAUUUCUACAGCGAUUCGACUCUUGGUCGAACAUCGAGAAAAACUUCAACCAACGACCAUCGAUGUUCUGAUUGAUAUGAUUGACGGUGACGAUGACACUGAUCUUCAACAGAUCGCAUUAGAAAUUCUCGAUAGUGUUCGAUCGACCGAUACGAACAUCAAACCGAACGUGUCGAAGUUUCUCGAUUUACUUCAAUGCAACGAUCAGACUGAUGAUCGAACUCUGUUGAAACAACUGAAAGACGCCGCGACGAUCGGGGUGAAUUUACCCGAGACUUUGUCCGUUCGAUUAUCGCACAUGCUCUACAGUUGUGAUGUGACAGUGAAGAAAGAUGCGGCACUGAUACUGGCCAUGAGCAUGUCCAAAGGCAAAACUCUCACCCGUCAAAUUCUCGAUGUGAUCUAUUUGACACUUCUCGAUGAUACGAUCAACAUGCAAACCUUGCCGUUGUUGCUCUCCGAAUCAACAUUACCCACCUCAGUGGUCGAUGAUCUUCUCUAUUUAGCCAAUCGUUCGUCGGACGAGUCCGUUCGACAAUGUGCUCGACAAAUACUCGCAACACAAAUGAACAACAAUCAAACGAAAAUCGAAUUAUUCUUUGAAUAUUUGAAUUCUGAGAGCAACAUCGAUGAUCGAACUGAUCUUCGUCGAACUUUGAAAGUUCUGCGUGCAAUGAUUAUCGUGGAGAAACAACUCUCGGUUGAUCAACUUUCGUUGCAUUUCUCGGGUGACUAUCAAGACGAAAUCAUCGAUGUGCUGCUUUUGGCACAUCAGCACAACGUUCAAUUCCAUCAGAAUCAGCGUCUCAUCGAAUCGAUCGAGAUCGCUCUGCAAACACAUCCAAAGCCCAAACUGAUCCAACUGAUGGGAAUUCUCACGAGCAACGCUGUGAUCAUUCAAGAGAAGACAUUCAGACGUCUAUUCGAAAUCUUUGCUGAAGUCGACGAUGAAAACGCUCUAAUGGCACUCGAACACGCUGCUCAGCACCAACCGUUGCCCCGGGAUAUGCUGAUGUUUUUCGUCGAACUGAUUUCCGAUCCAUUGAAGGUGAUGUUCAUCGCACGAAAUUUCUCAAUCAUUCGUCAACAGGUCUCUCAAGGUUACGUUGAAGAUCCGAUGGAGAUCAUUCAAGCUGUUCGACUUCCAUCGAUCAUCGAUAUAGAUCGACUGAAGAAAAUGAAGUCACUAGCACAAUGUUUCGGCACGAUUCAAACUCUUCUGUUCGUCAAUUAUCUUCAACCGGAUAUUUUCGAACAACCUGUGGAACAAUGGUCCCGUGAUUGUCUUUGCAUGGAAAUCAUCGCCAAUGACUCGAACACAACGAACGAUGGAAUCAUUAGUUUCUACCAACAUCUGACACAAUUCGAACAAAUAAAACAUUACGAGAUCUCCGACGAUCGACGUGACACUUUUCUUCGAACAUUGAUUGAAAAACAACGUUCAGAAACAUUGACCUUGUCCGCUAUCAAUGGCAUUCUCAUCUACGCAACCACAUUGACCGACACACCGCUGAAGAUUCUCGAUUCGAAUCAAUCGGAUUGGUUGAUGAAGAUGCGCUUCUACUACAUCGGAUCUCACUUGGGCGAACGUUUCAGUGAUCUGCAAUAUCCAAAAUCCAUGAUCGAUCAUCUCGUUCAACGUCUCGCUGAACAAGAACAAUUAUCGGCUGUUUUCAUUGACUUGUGUCUUCGAACAGUUCGAUCAGCUGACGAUUCCCGCGGACUUCGAGACAUUGAUGAAGAAAAUGCACUUGUUGGUACUUGGAAAGACACUGAAAUCGCAUUGGAUUGGAUCGAACAAAAACUUCUCACGUGCUCGAGCUUCAUUACAAACACUCGUCCAACGUGGAUGGACAGUCUCCAAAUUGCUCGUCGUGCUCACGGCGAAAGCGAAGAUCGAAAUGUCGUCAGACGCAUCAGAAAGUCUGAUCUACUUGGUGGCUGUGUUGAAGAUUUUCGUCGAUUACAAUGUCGAUUCGAAUAUCAGUUCUCAUCUGCAAUCGAUCUUUGCACAGAGCAAAAUCCAACUGUGGCCAUCGGCAGUCUACAAUCGAGUGAUCGAACAUUGUUUCGGUCACACAACAAUGAUGAAACAAGUUACACUGCAGGACCGAAAUUGUGCUAUCUAGCUGAUAUUGUAUAUGGAAAUUCUAGUCAAUUUCAAUUCGAUUUACUUCGUCAUGAAUUCAGUCUGUUGAACACACGGACAUUGGACAAAGUAGAAGGUCUAUCACGUCGUUUCGAUACGGUGAUCAUCGAUGAAGUGGACAGUAUGUUGAUCGAUGAUAAUAAUACACUCGCUCGUCUAGCUGAUCAACUGCCCGGCAUGGAAUGGCUCAAUCCGUUGCUCUACGGGAUUUGGCGUUGUAUCGAUUCGGAAGCGAAGCCAGCUUCCAAACGCGAUGCCAUCAUUGACAACAUGAGAAAACUCUUGGCUGAUCCAAAUUCUGAUCUGAAACUUCCGACGCAUUUGGCUCGUUUUGUUGACGAUUCGAUUCCCACCUGGAUCGAUCACGCUAUUCUGGCCAAAGUCGAAUAUCGACUCGAUCAUCACUACAUGAUCAAACCCGAUGAAACACGAACGAAGCGAAUCAUGCCGAUCGAUUUCUCCAAUACGGGCGCUGUUCAACCGAGUACAACUUGGAGUGAUGGUCUACAUCAAUUUCUUCAAAUCAAACAUGGAUUGAAAAUGACGACCUUGACCGUGACCACGAAUUAUCUCUCAAAUAUGGGCCUUUUCAUGCGCUAUGGCAAAAAUAUCUUUGGUCUUACUGGAACGAUUGGCUCGAAAGAUGCGCAGAAUCUUCUCGGUCGCAUCUACAACGUCGAUACGAUCAUCAUUCCGCCGUUCAAACAGAAACGACACAUUCACUUGGAGACAACUUUGACUGAAAAUGACGAUGAUUGGCUAAAAACGAUCGUUUCAGAAACGAUCAGCCAUGCUCGACAACAACGAGGCAUCUUGGUCAUUUGUGAAACACGACUGGAUGCAAAGACGAUCAGCAAACUACUACAACGAGCCGAGCCGACCUAUCUCGUUCGUCUGUACACGGACAAUACUGACGCAGUCGAAUCGAAUGUCGUCGGCAAUCGAAUUCAAAACGGUGAAAUUAUCGUGGCCACGAAUCUUGCCGGUCGAGGAACAGAUCUAAAAACAAGUUCAACCGUGGAGAAACACGGUGGUUUACAUGUGUGUCUAACGUUUCUCCCGAAUAAUUUACGUGUCGAAGAGCAAGCCUUCGGUCGAACAUCUCGUCAAGGUAAUCGAGGAACAUCACAGAUGAUUCUCAGUCGAGAUCGAACACUUGGACAAUUGAUAAGCACCUAUCCAGAAUAUA